UCAAUUUUUUUAACAUAUUGCAGAAUUAUUUGAAUUUUUUUAAAGUAUAGUUCAUUUUUAAGUAGAUUGUUAAUGUUAUAAUUUAUUAAAGAACUGGUAAAGAAGCGCUUACAUAAAUAAAAAAAAUGGUGGUGCUGAAAUCUUGUUGGUCACCAUUUAUUUGGUCAAAUUCAGUGAAAACUGGAAGUUAUGCGGUGGCAUUUUAUACUGCAGCACUAUCAGUAGUGUUUAUAACUUUGAUAUCAUAUAUGCUGGCUGGUGGAGAAUCGACACAACUAUAUUCACCUCUGUUUGAAACAGAUAUACGUAAUACCAUGCCAAUAUUUGGCGGUAUUUUCAUAUUUUAUUUUCUGUUACUCAUAAUAUCAUCAUAUUUAAUUUAUUAUGCCAUUAAAAUCUGUACACGCGGUUGGUUAUUGCCUUGGUUGAUACUUGUUGGUUUGGGUAUACUCUUCCAAUUUGUUUUUGGACUUUGGCUAAUUGGAGGUUAUUAUAUAUAUUUGGAGCAAACAUUUUCAGCAUUACUUAACUUCUGUUGGAUGGCUUAUAAUGCUUAUUGCUGGCUUUGUGUAUUCUCACAGUAUCAAAUCUUCUUAAUAAUACAAAAUCCGAACAUCGAGCUGUUAAUGCCAUAAGCAUAACGAAGAACAAUACAUAUUAGUGACAUAUAAAAUACAAUUUAAAAACAUCACUAUAAUAAUUUAAAUCACCAUUUUUAUAAUAUAAAUAACAAUUUAAAUUUAUAUUCAUAUUUAUAAAUAUUUUAUAUAAUUAUGAGGAAGUCAACCUUUUGAAUGAAUGAAAUUAACUUAAAACAAACUUUAAUCUAUUUCCACUAAUGUUUAUUUACGAAUGUUGAAAUCUUAGUCGAUGACUGAUGACUACUUUGGACUAAAUUCAAGAUAAAAUAUCAAAAAUUAAAAUUAGUAGGAAAUAGAUCUUUGAAUAUUUUUGAAAUAGAUCUUUGAUUGAAGUUUCGCGCACUUUAGUGUUUAAUUAUGCUAGUCUUCGAACACAGCGAACCCUUCAAAAAUUUUUGAAAACUAUAUUAUGUUCCAACGUUUUCUUUUCAACAAAAAGAAGAAAAUAUAAUAUGCAACAUUAAUCAGAUAAAUUAUCUGAACAGUUUAAUCCAAAUAUACGAAUUCUAGUAUAUUCGAAUAGCUCAAACCCCAUAAAUAUUGAACACUUAGAAAUAUUUGUGGAAAACAAUCUAAAGUUUCUUUUAGUUAAUUCAAUUUAUUUAAAAGGUUAACUUAUCAACAAUUACAUCAUUUUAUACUAAGUAUACUAUAACUAUUUAUUUAUAUAUAUUUAUAUAUUAUAUGAUAUUCAAAUAUUUGAAAACUGUAAGACUAUGAAAAUGACGUUCCGUCCUUAAAGUUCAAUAAAAACGUAUAAAUAAAA